AUGGAUCUCCAUGUUCUGAUCGCGCACACGGGCCAGCGCCUGCAGACGGACCCGCGGUCCUUUGCUUCCUUCGAUGCCUUCAAGGCGUGGGUGGCCAAGCAAACUACCAUCUCGGUGCAGGAUCAUAUCUCCUUGACGGCGCAGGGAAAGGCGGCUCGGUUCCAGACCCUACUGACAGAGAAAGAGAUUUUUGUGUACGAUCGGCGGAUUAUCCAGCCGAGUUCACCAGGGGCUGCCAAAGCUUUGCUCUCAGAGAUUCCUUUACCGCCAAAAUACAGCGUCGCGAGACCGCCUGAUACUAUCGCGGACCAGACUGACUUACAAGCAUGGAGGGAUCUGUUUAUGGCACGCAGGUCGUGGGCGCUGAAUGUGGUGGACAACUGCGCUGCCAUGUCAGAUGAAGCCCAGAAGAGAUACGGCGAGAUCGAAGUCAUCACGGGAGCUGUAGAUGCCGCUGUCAUGAACUUGGAGAAGCACGUCAAGGCCUUGGACCAGAAGAAUGCCGAUGUCCAGGCCUGGGCGGCGGAUAUACAGAAGGAGCAGGAUCUAAAUGGGACGGACUGGGAAGCCUCUCUUGCUCGGCUACAAUCACUUCCUGCCACAGCGAGUAUGAUAAAGUUCAUUACUGGGCGCGACGUUGAGAGAGGCUCGCGGAAGCCAACUCUGGAGGAUCUGGUUGAUGCGGAAGAGGUCAAGAGGGCUGGAAAUCUCGUUCGCAAUCUUUCAACGCAGUUGAGCAGGAAUGGUGCUGAAUUGGGUACCAAGGUGGACGAGGUCCUCCGAAGAACUGACGAGUUAUUCGACAAAGUCGAGAAAAGUCCAGCCCGGUCAGUCCUGAUGCGUGCUACGGAACCGGCGCAAUUAAUGCAGGAUAUUGAAGCCAUCGCCAAGAAAGUCAGCAAUGACUAUGAGAACGUAUUAAGCUACCCAAACACCGCAAAGAGUGUCUCGCAGGCUUCUAAAUCAGCUCUGUUGCAUACAAGAAACUUCCUACCAAACCUGUCAAAGAGGAGCCUUGAGAUGGAUGGAAUCCUACGGUCUGCAACAGAGGCACGGAAUUCUAUAGUAGCUGAUUCUCUUGACGUUAUGCAUGAUAUUGCUGCCUUGACUUCGUUGCUGAGCGAGGCUAAUUCUCGAUUUGCCUCGAUGGAACUUGACAGUGAUGGAUUCGAUGCUCUCAACUUACUUUCGACUUUGGCCCGUCUACCAGUGACUUACGCUUCGUUUGUAGCCGAGUCCAUCAGACGGAGAGAGUGGAACGACAAAGUAAGGUCCGAUUCGUCAACGCUCGCAAACGAAAUGGCAACUUUCCAGGACGAGGAAGCGAGACGUCGCAGGAAGUGGCAGAAGAGCACUGGCGCAGCUCUCUGGGGCGAGAGAGCCGAGCGGAAAGUCAUGUCCCUAGAAGUAAAUCUUCACGGGGAAGAAGAAGAAUGGCCACAAGUCACGAGGCAGAACCUGGAAGAAUUUCUCGAAGCAUUACGCGCUAAGGACCCGAAGGCUGGGGUUGUUAAUGAUGUCUCGAAAAUCAUUACAGAGCUGAACAAUCCUACGAAACAACAAAGCAAGCGAGCGAAGGCAUUCAAAGCCGGGAGUAUCCACGAAGCUGCUCUGGGACGAAGUACUCUUCUUAUCCGAGGAGAUGACGAUUUGAUACGUUCUCUUCAGGAGGAAAAGGCAAGGACUGAAAGCAAACUCAAGACUGCAGAGAGUCGAGUGCGGAGACUGGAAGAUUUGCUUCAUAGACAGACCCAUGUGGCCAGGACUUCUACAGGAAAUGUCUUCCAGUUACCCAACACCACCAGCACUGAUACGCAAAGCACCGGGAACGCCAUGGCCUCCCCACGACUCCAUGACGAUCUGUCCCAUCGGUCUUCCUCCUCAUCCCGCCGCUUCUCGGCAAACCAGGGCGCGGACGAGAAGAUGUAUCAGCAGAAAAUCCUCUCUCUAGAGGCCGAACUUAUCGCGGAGCGUGAACGUGCAUCGGGCCUGGAAAAAGAGAUCUCUGCACGCACUAUGUCUGCGAAUAGUAUGAAGUCCCAGGUGGACGAAGCUAAUUCGACCAAGAACGAUCUCAUGCAGAACUUUGAGGCUCAGCAGCGGGAGUUUAUUGAAGAGCGGAAGUCUCUUGAAGGGGAGAUCAAGCGCCUAAAAGCCAAGUUGGAGGAGCUCGAGGAUGAACUGGACCGUUACCUAGGCUCUCGUGAGAAUGAGAGGACCAGCAUUGAUGAGCGCGUUCGCGCUCUCCAAGACGAGCUUGACAAGGUACGCCGUGAGACUGCUGCUGAGGCUCAAAGAGCCCAGGGUCAAGUAGACUUCCUCCGCAAUGACGCUAAACUGCAACACGAGACGAACGAAGCGCUGGAAAGGAAACUACAAAACGCACGAGACGAAAACAGAGAGCUCAAGGCUUGCGCAGACAAAGCGGAAGCGGCUCUCGAAGAACAGUGGAAUGUCUUGCGGGAUGUGUACCUACAACUUAGACCUGGCUCCCCGGUCCCUGAUGACUUGAGCGCCCUCAGGGAUGCCUUGAUCAAAACAUCCGGAGACGUAGUGGCGAAACUGAAAUCUACCGAGAGCGACGCCGCCAUUGCUCGCUCUGAUCGUGAUACAGCUCAAAGUUCACUUGCAGAGCUCAAGUCAGACAUGGCAGCACUGAAAGAGAAGUUAGCUAAGGAAGAAACGGAAUCCGUUCAUCUCCGCGAGGCUUUGGACGGCGAACAUGCCAAGUUCUCCGCUUUGGAGGCAGAGUUAGCCGAUGAGCGUAACCAACUGUCGGCACUCAGGACUAAAAUUGCUGAUGGCGAGACUGGGUCAGAGGCUCUUCGUACCCGCCUAGAGGAGGAGGAGCGGAAGGUCACAAGCCUAUCAGAGGAUCUAGCUGCAAGGCUAUCCCGGAUUGGAGGUCUUGAGGAAGAGGUAAGAUCAUCGCAGGACAAGCUCCAGUCUUUAAAGACGAAGCAUGAGAAGCUUGCCAGCCGAUUUGAUGCACGGACUGGGCGUGCGAAGGAUCUUACACAGCGUGUCUACACCCAGAAUGAUCGUUUAUGCAGGUUGCUUGAGAGACUUAGCUACUCUGUGACACGGGAGGGCAACUCGAUGGUUAUCCAAAGGGUACCAAAAGCCGACCGUACCAAUACCAACGACUCCUCCGAUCCUGGAUCAUCGAUGCGGCGAAGCACCUCGGGCGCCGUCACUCGAAAGUCUAUCAUGAUUGAUAGCGGGGAUCUUGAGCUGCUGCAGUGGAUGAACAAUGACGACCCUGAAACCGAAUCUGAGAAGUACAAUGCUUACCUCAAUGCGAUCGGUAGCUUCGAUGUUGAAGCUUUCUGUGAAACCAUCACCAAACGGAUUAAAGAUAUCGAGUACACAGCCAAGAAAUACUCGAAGGAUGCUCGUGCAUAUCGAGAAAAGUCCCAUAUGGCACAGAAAGAAGCCCACGAGAAAAUCGCUUUCAAGAACUUCAAGGAAGGCGACCUGGCGCUUUUCCUGCCAACACGGAAUCAGGCCACUGGGGCAUGGGCAGCAUUUAAUGUUGGAGCACCUCAUUAUUUCCUCCGGGAACAAGACUCGCACAAGCUCCAUACCCGCGAUUGGCUCCUUGCUCGCAUUCACAAGAUUGAAGAUCGUGUUGUGGAUCUCUCCAAAUCGAUGUCAGGUGCUCAAGUUAAUGCUUCUGAUGGAAGGUCGCUCGCUAGUAAUGGCGGAGACUCCUACGAAGAUGACAAUCCCUUUGAUCUCUCCGACGGCCUGAGGUGGUAUCUCAUCGAUGCAGCAGAGGAGAAGCCGGGCGCGCCGUCUACACCUGGUUUAGGGAAGAGCACUGUUGCGAGCGCCCAUAUCGAUGUAACGGGUAGCAUACAACGACGCACCAAGAAAUCAUCGGCAGGUGAUCUUAACGAUAUCAAUAAGACCCUCAGCAAGAGCCUGGACAGCCGGCGCAGUAGCAGCACCUCGAAGAAAGCUGUCCCUCAUCCAAGCGCCCUCAUCAAGACUGGAUCAACGACUUCACUUAGACCUACUCCUGCCAACCCACCCGCGGCCGAGGGAUCUAGCGCACAGGUGAUUGGGACGGGGAGCAAGCAAGAUACGGCUGGGAGCGAAGACAAACAAGUGAACCCCGAGGUGCGAGAUAUUGAUGAUCUUAUGGGCCCCUGA